CAUGAUUGACACUCAAGAGGAAUUCCCACUUCUAUCCUUUAUCUUCUAAAUUCAUAGAUUCAUUUACAUCAGGCUGUUCUGCUGAGAUGAUGGCAAUUAUUAUAUAUUGUUUUCUUUACUAACACCUGACCCUAAACAGGCAUGCUACAUCUCUCUUAUAAUAUAAAAGAAUUGCUUCUUUUUUUUUUCUUUUUUAACUUGGGGUCUGACAGAGAUUUUAGUGGAAUGAAGUUCCGGCAUGGAAAGCAUAGUUGGGAAUCUAAAGAUUACCUCAAACAAAAGAAACCCAUCUGAGGACUAGUACUAGCCCAUCUGAGGAAUAGUCUCUGCGCUUGCUUCUUCAAUCAUCAUAAACAGGGCUGUAGCAUCUGGGUGAUCUUGGUUCUUGUGAAUUGUGAUCCAAUGGAAAUGAGAAGCAGGGUAAUUGCUUUCUGGUUUGUGCCUUUUUUAUGGUUCUGGACUUCUGCAAAUGGUUUGCUUUCUCCCAAAGGUGUAAACUUUGAAGUGCAAGCUUUAAUGGGUAUAAAAGCUUUUCUAGUGGAUCCUCAUGGUGUUCUUGACAAUUGGGAUGGGGAUGCUGUUGAUCCAUGUAGCUGGACAAUGGUCACUUGCUCUACUGACUCUCUAGUGGUUGGCCUGGGGACUCCUAGCCAGAAUUUAUCAGGCACUCUUUCUCCAAGCAUAGGCAACUUAACAAAUCUGCAGAUUGUGCUCUUACAGAACAAUAACAUCACAGGACCAAUCCCACAAGAGCUUGGAAGGCUCUCAAAGCUUCAUACACUUGAUCUUUCUAAUAAUUUCUUCACUGAUGAAGUUCCCUCUUCUCUGGGUCACUUGACAAGCCUCCAAUACUUGAGGCUCAACAAUAACAGUCUAUCAGGACCAUUCCCAGUGUCAUUGGCUAACAUGACCCAGCUUGCUUUUCUUGACUUAUCUUUCAAUAAUUUGAGUGGCCCUGUACCCAGAUUUCCUGCUAAAACCUUCAACAUUGUAGGCAACCCUCUGAUCUGUGCAACAGGAUCCGAACAAGAAUGCUAUGGAACGACAUUGAUGCCUAUGUCCAUGACCUUGAACAGCUCACAGACUGCCUUACCUACGAGAAGAUCGAAGAAUCACAAACUUGCCCUUGCCUUUGGGACAAGCCUUGGAUGCAUAUGUCUGCUCAUCUUUGGGGGUGGACUGCUUCUGUGGUGGAGGCAACGACAUAACCAGCAGAUGUUCUUUGAUGUUAAUGACCGGCAUCAUGAGGAAGUUUCCCUUGGAAACUUGAAGAGGUUCCAAUUUAGAGAACUUCAGAUUGCAACAGACAAUUUCAGCAGCAAGAACAUACUAGGAAAAGGUGGCUUUGGAAAUGUCUACAAAGGGUAUCUCCAGGAUGGGACUAUUGUAGCUGUAAAGAGGCUUAAAGAUGGCAAUGCCGUUGGAGGAGAAAUACAAUUCCAGACUGAAGUCGAGAUGAUCAGCCUAGCAGUUCAUCGGAACCUCCUCAGGCUAUAUGGUUUUUGUAUCACCACCUCUGAAAGGCUUCUGGUUUACCCCUACAUGUCCAAUGGCAGUGUUGCUUCUCGUCUCAAAGGGAAGCCAGUCUUGGACUGGGGCACCAGGAAGAGAAUUGCCUUAGGAGCUGCAAGAGGAUUGCUAUACCUCCACGAGCAGUGUGACCCGAAGAUCAUUCAUAGGGAUGUGAAGGCUGCAAACAUAUUGCUCGAUGACUAUUGUGAGGCUGUGGUAGGAGAUUUUGGGUUGGCAAAACUUUUGGAUCACCAAGACUCUCAUGUGACAACAGCCGUUAGGGGCACUGUGGGGCACAUAGCUCCUGAGUACCUUUCCACAGGCCAGUCCUCUGAAAAAACCGAUGUAUUCGGGUUUGGGAUCCUUCUCCUUGAAUUAAUCACAGGACAGAGAGCUCUAGAAUUUGGCAAGGCAGCUAACCAGAAAGGAGCCAUGCUUGAUUGGGUAAAGAAAAUUCAUCAGGAGAAGAGGCUUGAGAUUCUAGUAGACAAGGAUCUAAAGCACUUCUACGAUCGGGUCGAACUCGAGGAAAUGGUGCAGGUUGCUCUCUUGUGCACCCAAUACCUUCCAGGGCACAGGCCUAAAAUGUCUGAAGUGGUGCAAAUGCUUGAAGGUGAUGGGCUUGCAGAGAGAUGGGAAGCUUCUCAGAGAGGUGAAGUAACCAAGUGCAAACCCCACGAACUAUCCUCAUCAGAACGCUACUCUGACCUUACUGAUGACUCUUCAUUACUUGUCCAAGCAAUGGAGCUUUCUGGCCCACGGUGAAUUCUUUCCAAAAAACUUAGAUUUUUUUUUUUCUUUUUGGUUUAGAAAAGAGUUUGAAAUAUCGAAAGAAGAGAAUUAUAGUUGUUCAAGCUGUUUCUGCAAAGAUCUCAUCAUGUGUAUUGAAAUUUUGUGUUGUAUAAUAGUAAUAUAUCAGAGCUCCAAAGGGCUCUGUUCUUUUGUUUCUUCCUUGAAUGUACAGAUUCUGAUCUGAGCAACUGACAGUAUUUAGAUUGCCGAUUCCAUGUCUUCUCCAAUUCAAAUCCUGAGCUUGUAAAAAUAAUGAUAUUUGUUUUCAUGUCU